UGUCGCGAAAGUGCUCCUCCACACCGCUACCGUUACACCACAGCUGUCAGCUGACUAAACCAAACAGGAGAGCCUCCUUCUCUGCAGCCGGAAACAUCAUAUUCAUUCAUGCCCAGCUGCGCGACCAUGAAGAAGAACAAAGGCAAAGCCAGCAGUACUAACGAAAAGGAGUUUGUGUUUGAGUUCAGGGCAGGGCAACACAAUUGUGUCCUCAAAGUGCCUCUGCAGUUUCCUGUUCAAGAGAUCAUCAAUGACCUCCAUGGACGCCUGAUGCUGCUGCAUAAAAUACCCUGCUACAUAGAAACCGAUCUAAAAAGCUCCCUUUCCAGCUUCGUUGAGAAGGAGACCAUCCUGGAUUAUGACAGAGAGGCAGAGCUGGCGCUGCAGAGACUCACAGCAGGAGACGUGGAUAUAAACCAGCUGACCAACGCAUGGACCAGGUCUUAUGUGGAGACUACGCUGGAACACGCUCGUCCCGAGGAGCCCAGCUGGGACGAGGACUUUGCCGAUGUUUACCACGAGCUGAUCCACUCCCCUGCCUCAGAUACCCUCCUCAACCUGGAGCACAACUACUUUGUUAGCAUCUCCGAGCUCAUCAGUGAGAGAGACAUGGAGCUAAAGAAGCUCCAAGAGAGGCAAGCAUCUGAAAUGGACAAAGUGAUGCACGAGCUGGGGAAUACAUUGAGUGACCAUGAUGUCAAUGCAGUGGCCUCUCAACAUUUUGAUGCACAACAGGUCUUGGAGAACAAGUGGGCCAGUGAGCAGAAGCAGGUGACAGGCAUUCAGAAGCACGAGUACCAGCAGUGGGUCAUCAGUCUGCACCAGGAUCUGCAGAAGUCCAACAGCAGCCAGAUCACGGAGGAGAUCAAGGUGCAGCCCAGCCAGCUGCUGGAGGUUGCAGACCCCGGGGCCCGGAUGUUUGAGGAGCAGCCUCAGCUGGAGGAGAGCUUCACCAUACACCUAGGGGCCCAGCUGAAGACGAUGCACAACCUGCGGCUGGUCCGGGCCGACGUGCUGGACUUCUGUAAACACCGUCAGCAUAGCAGCGCGGGGGCAAAGCUGAGGCGUCUGCAGACGGCCCUGUCGCUCUACUCCUCCUCCCUCUGUGGGCUGGUGCUGCUGGUGGACAACAGGGUCAACUCCUACAGCGGCAUCAAGAGAGAAUUUGCAACUGUGGCGAAGGAGUGUACAGACUUCCACUUUCCCUUCCUGGAGGCACAGCUGGACGAGGUUCAGCAGGUGCUGCUCUACGCCCGAGCCCAGCGGAGCAGCAAGCAGAAAGAACAGCCAGAGAUACCAAGGAAUGGAGGUGACGAUAAGAACAAAAAUGUUGAAAGAAAUCCAUCUAACAUCUUACCAGGUGAGUUUUACAUCUCGCGGCACUCCAACCUGUCUGAGGUCCAUGCUGUCUUCCACCUGUGUGUGGACGAUAAUGUGCGUUCAGGAAACAUCACGGCGCGAGACCCGGCCAUCAUGGGGCUGAGGAACAUCCUGAAGGUCUGCUGCACACACGACGUCACCACGGUUACCGUCCCUCUGCUGCUGGUCCACGACAUGUCAGAGGAGAUGACCAUACCGUGGUGUCUUAAGAGAGCAGAGCUGGUUUUCAAAUGUGUCAAAGGCUUCAUGAUGGAAAUGGCCUCAUGGGAUGGAGGAAUAUCACGCACCGUCCAGUUUCUAGUGCCAAAGAGUAUCUCAGAGGAGAUGUUCUACCAGUUAAGCAACAUGCUGCCUCAGAUCUUCCGUGUCUCCUCCACCCUGACCCUCACCUCAAAGCACUGAGAGAUGGAUACAGAUGGACCACAUUGCAUCCACGAGGCAUUCCAACUAACAGAGACUCAUUUAUAAUAACAAUUAUACAACAAGGUUUUUUUUAAUAUCAGGAACUGUAGAAUAAAUAAGUGGAGGUUUGAUGAAGUAGCACAUAGGCCCUAUUCAUUCAAACGGGGUCAACACAAUAAGGUAGCAUCAAAGCGCUUACAGUAGUGGUUUAAAAGAAGGGAUUUUAAACCAGAUAGAACAUUUCUAUCUAGUUGUUGAGCCUUGUUAUUUUACACCUUCUGAUGCUGUAGAUGCUUGUUACUGAGAGAGGACGGGAUUCAGUGGCUCACCAAAGCAGCUGCUGCAAUUAUCAUUUCAGGCCUCUGGGGUGCGGUCAUGGUGACAGAGUUUUAUGACAUCAUGACAUCAGCCGCCAGUGGGUAUUUCAGUUUCCUUUAAUGCUGCAAUCUGUAACUUAACGCAUGUUCGAGCUGCAGCACAACAAGGACCCAGCAUUGUGGUGGUUAAGUUGUUUUAACUCUGAUACAAACUGAAAUUGCCAUCAACGGAGCGAAAAAGUAAAUUUGAAUACACAGUAUAGUUUACUAAAGCGAUGAAGCUAGAUGGAACUGGCAAUGGCCAUUAGACAGGUGAGACCUAACUGUUAUAGCAACCAUUGUAAUGUUUUAUUAAACAUUACCAUACAGAUGGAUCUAAUAUUACUAUGUUGGUUAUAAAAAUAACAUCACAGAUCUCUGCUUUUAUUUGUUGGUGUUUUGAUGGACAGUAUUCGGUCCCACAUUUCAUCUGUUUUUUGUUUGCAAAUUAGAUUUGAUGUAUGAUCACAAGGAGUCUAACCGAUGAAAAUGUAGCUUUAUAUUUAGGGGCUGAUUUGACCAGAGAGAAGUAACUAAACGUGGCUCUUUAAGUCCUCAAAAUGAAUGCUGUUGCUGCUGAGAUGAGCAACACGCAGGUGUUUUUUAUACUGCAUUGCAGUGAGUUGUAGUGAGGAUCACUCUUUGCGAGUGUCCCUCCCCUCUACCUCUGUAACAGCAGAUGGCACUGUUCCUAAAGACAAAUAUGUGAAAGGGUAAUUACACAGGCACUUCUCUUAUUAAAAGAGAUACAAACGUAAAGCAGCAUCUGUCGCCAGUGGAGAUUCAUCUCAAGAAAUGUUCAUAUUCAUUGUUAGCAGGGCUCCUCUGGAACAUCCAUCCUCAGUGGUCUCGCAUGUUCAGCUGUUAAGGUUUGUCAAAUGUGAACACUUUAAAUAAAAUGUGUGCUCUGUAUAUUUACUAUAUAUGUUUAAAUGUUUAUGUUUUUUAAUAAAUGUACAACUGAUAUGUCCA